UGUGGUCGCUUACAUCAUGACGUCAUAUCAGUGCGACCAGAACGUAACUGUUACAACAGCGGCCUGUGUUUUCACUCGAUCGCUGUAAUUUUUGUCUUCGGUGGAGGAUUUAUCUCUACUGUCCAUCACCAUCAUGAAACUAGUCAGGUUUUUGAUGAAGCUGAGCCAUGAGACGGUUACCAUUGAAUUAAAGAAUGGCACCCAGGUCCAUGGCACCAUCACAGGUGUUGAUGUGAGCAUGAACACCCACCUGAAGGCAGUGAAAAUGACCCUGAAGAACAGGGAGCCCACUCAGCUGGAGUCGCUGAGUAUCCGUGGAAACAAUAUUCGCUACUUCAUCCUGCCAGACAGUCUCCCACUGGACACCUUGCUGGUUGACAUCGAGCCCAAAAUCAAGUCGAAGAAGAGAGAAGCAGUUGCUGGACGGGGACGAGGCAGAGGACGAGGACGUGGUAGAGGAAGGGGACGAGGCCGGGGUGGGCCAAGGAGAUGAUUCUGUGGCCUUGUGGUUUUUUUUUUUUUUUUUUUUUUUUUUCUUGCUAUCCAACUGUUUGUACAGGAUUUUUCAUUUUUGGUCCUUUCUCAGAGGAAACAUUUUGUGUUUUUCAAACAUGCUUUUAGUUACUUUUUUUUUCUUUUCUUAUUUUGUACAUUAAAAAUACCUAAGAGGUAAUCUUGACUGAUCAUUCAGUUCAAUUUCAUUGAUUAUCCUACUUUUUCUGUACAAUGUUGAAUAAAGUGUCUUUGCACAAAAAAUG